AUGUUCUUCGCCUAUCAUGAACUCUGCAUCGACACAAGCGACACGCUCUGGAUAACGCAGCCCAACCACACAUUAGCGUUGUACUGCAUUGCUGACAUGCUUGCCAUUUAUCCCUCCCACGUCAUACCGUCCCGCCUAUUCAUACCGUAUGGCCCCGGCACCAUACGAAGAGACCUCGCACUCCAGAGAACGGACAUGCUUCCGAUAUUUUUCCGGAGAACAGACGGCGGCGUUGGCAUCACGAUUCACAAUGCUGAUAUCAGCGUCAACGCUCUCUUAGAUGACCCGACCCGUAUCACGGCAACCUCUCUCAAGGUCUUCCUGCACCUCAUCAACUACUCCCCAAUCGAGCGACAGAUCCAACUUCGAACUAGUUCAACUUCACCGCAAAGUAUCUCAGUCCAAAGACUUGCACGCCUGGUUGCAUCUAAAGUCUGCUGUUUCUGGAGGACAGCUGAGGCUGAGAACAACACUAUCACGGACUGGAAUGACCCACGCUGGAUGGUGGGCCCAGGCGCGGGACGCAUGAAUGUCGGCGACAUCAUUCUUCUCGGUAUUGCCUUCGUAUCUCCAGGCAAGGUGACCCCGCUACUUCAGGUCCGACCGGACUUUGUAUUCAUGCAGUAG